AUGCCAUCAUAAUUACUUUCUAGCGGAACAGCUAACCCUGCAGCACCAGCUCAUGCGUGUGAUGGAGCACAUCUGCACAUUGGUUGACACCAUUCCUGUUGCUGAGCUGAGAACUCUGACCUGUGGGAAUGAGCUGCUUCAGCAACGAGAUCUCAGAAAGCGACUCCUGGCCCAAGGGUUCCAGUCCCCCGCCAUACCUGCUAUGGACUCAGGGUGGCCCUGCAGGCUGGGCUCGCUUGGUAGCCCUGCGGAAGACGUGGCUCCUGUCUCUGUACCCUCUGCCCUUCCGAAGGGUGGUCGUCGUCCCACAGAGCAGUCUUCAGAGGAAUGGGGCUCCCCACCGCUUUCCUCAAGGUCCGCUUCUCCCAGAGAAUGUCUCCUGGCCACUGCCUCAGCUGAAACAAAAUGCUGGUCCGCGGUGAAGAGUCACUCAGAGAAACCCAUGCUCAGUUCUCCUCUGCAGACGGCUUCUGGGACGAGCAACUGGCCUGAAACACCAUGGACUGAAAAAAGAAAUGAAAGUUUUUCCUUCACAGGAAAGGUUCUCACAAGUACUGCCGUGAAAGCUCAGGGGAAAGGUGGCCCUUCCGUCAAGGACUUGGGGAGAGAUGUGCUGGUUCUCUCUGACAGCGACAAUGUCUGCAUCGAUGACUUCGAUGAUGACGAUGAGGACUGGGAAGAUUUACUGCACGACUUGGCCUCCAGCAAAGCCUCCACAGCCGCCUACCAGCCUAUUAGGGAAGGGCGGCCCACGAAAGUGCCAUCCCAAAGGAUUCCUCCAGCCUCGGCUAACUACUGUCUCCCAGUGGCAUCUACAGCUCAGAAUAAAACCACGUCAGGGUCAAUCCAGAAUCACUCUGACAUGUUGGCGCAAACGUUGACACCCAGGAAUCCGAAACAUGCACAUUUCCAAAGUCUCGACCUUCCUCAUACAAAAGAGAUGAUGAAGAUAUUUCAUAAAAAAUUUGGACUGCAUAAUUUUAGGACUAAUCAGCUCGAGGCCAUCAAUGCUGCAUUACUUGGUGAAGACUGUUUUAUCUUAAUGCCCACUGGAGGUGGUAAAAGUUUGUGCUACCAGCUCCCUGCCUGUGUUUCUCCUGGGGUCACUAUUGUCAUUUCUCCCUUGAGGUCACUCAUUGUAGAUCAAGUGCAAAAGCUGACUUCCUUGGACAUUCCAGCUACAUAUCUGACAGGUGAUAAGACCGACUCAGAAACUACAAGUAUAUAUCUCCAAUUAUCCAAAAAGGACCCAAUUAUAAAACUUCUAUACGUUACUCCAGAGAAGGUCUGUGCGAGCAACCGACUGGUUUCAACCCUAGAGAACCUGUACGAGAGGAAGCUCUUGGCACGUUUUGUAAUCGAUGAAGCACAUUGUGUCAGUCAGUGGGGACACGAUUUUCGCCAGGACUACAAAAGAAUGAAUAUGCUGCGUGAGAAGUUCCCCCGUGUCCCGGUCAUGGCCCUCACGGCCACGGCAAACCCUCGAGUGCAGAAGGACAUCCUCACACAGCUCAAGAUCCUCACCCCACAGGUGUUUAGUAUGAGCUUUAAUAGACAUAAUCUGAAAUACUGCGUACUUCCAAAAAAGCCUAAAAAGAUAGCAUUUGAUUGCCUAGACUGGAUCAGAAAGCAUCACCCAUAUAACUCAGGGAUCAUUUACUGCCUCUCCAGGCGAGAGUGUGACGUCAUGGCAGACACGCUGCAGAGAGAUGGCCUCGCUGCUCUCGCGUACCAUGCUGGCCUCAGCGAUUCGGCCCGAGAUGAAGUUCAGCAGAAGUGGGUUAACCAGGACGGCUGCCAGGUCAUCUGCGCAACAGUCGCCUUUGGGAUGGGGAUUGACAAGCCUGACGUGCGGUUUGUGAUCCACGCCUCGCUCCCCAAGUCCAUGGAGGGCUACUACCAAGAGUCGGGCCGGGCUGGAAGAGAUGGGGAAAUGUCUGACUGCCUGCUCUUCUAUACCUAUCAUGACGUCACCAGGCUGAAGAGGCUGAUUCUGAUGGAAAAAGAUGGAAAUCGUCAUACAAAAGAGACUCACUUCAAUAAUUUAUAUAGUAUGGUCCAUUACUGUGAGAAUAUAACAGAAUGCAGGAGAGUACAACUUUUGGCUUAUUUUGGUGAAAUUGGAUUUAAUCCUGACUUUUGUAAGAAGCAUCCAGAUGUUUCUUGUGACAACUGCUGUAAAACAAAGGACUUUAAGACAAGAGAUGUGACUGACGAUGUGAAAAACAUCGUAAGAUUUGUGCAAGAACAUAGUUCAUCAUCUAUGAAAUAUGGUGGCCCUUCUGGGAGAUACACCAUGAAUAUGCUGGUUGACAUUUUCUUGGGGAGUAAGAGUGCAAAAAUCCAGACAGGAAUAUUUGGAAAGGGAUCUGCUUACUCCCGGCACAAUGCUGAAAGACUCUUUAAGAAACUAGUGCUCGACAAGAUUUUGGAUGAAGACUUAUACAUCAAUGCGAAUGACCAAGCAAUUGCCUACAUGAUGCCUGGAAGUAAAGCGGAUGCUGUUCUCCACGGGCAUUUGAAGGUAGACUUUAUGGAAACAGAAAAUUCCAGCAGCAUGAAAAAACAAAAGGCUUUGGAGGCAAAGGUGUCUCAGAGGGAAGAGGCGGUGAAGAAAUGUCUUGGGGAACUUACGGAAGUCUGCAAGUCCCUGGGGAAGAUUUUUGGAGUCCACUAUUUCAAUAUUUUCAAUACUGCCACUCUGAAGAAAAUCGCAGAAUCUUUGUCUUCGGAUCCCGAGGUUCUGCUUCAAAUUGACGGAGUCACUGAAGACAAGCUGGAGAAAUUUGGCGCAGAAGUGAUGGCAGUUUUACAGAAGUACUCGGAGUUCACGUUUCCAGCUGAGGACGCAUACCCAGAGAGGAGCCUCAGCUGCGGCCAGGGCCCUGGACAGAGCUCCCCUGCAGAGUCCGACGAAGAAGCACCCGUGUCGUCGCACUACUUUGCAAACAGAGGCAAAAACAAGAGGAAGCGGGCGGUGGCCUUCCCGAGGUCGAAGAGGAGGCGCAGUAGCUCCAAAACGAAAGGGGGUUCCACCGCAUGCAGAAAGACAUCGUCUAGAGCUAGACCCACCAGCAGCUCUGCGUCCCCGUCAGCUUUCCAGGCUGCCUCAGGAACCAGUAGAAAAUUGGGGAUUAUGGCCCCACCAAAGCCCAGAAAUAGACCAUUUCUUAAGCCUUCGUAUGCAUUUUCCUAACAGCCAGCUCUCGGUGUACAUGGAUGUGACUUCUCCUGUGUCAGCGUCCGACCAUCUGUGACUAUAAAGCUGUUGGUUUUGUUAUGCCAUGUAUAAUUUUUUUACCCAUAUCUAUUAAUAUUUAAAUAAAUGCUUAGGGUGACAGUUCUUAUUUCUAAAAUAAAUGUUUUCUUUUUGAAUAAGCAUGAUUUGCUGCCACUGCAAACCUCGUGGCCGUUUUUUUUGCUCAGAAAGUCUGAGGCAGCUGCUGAAUCAUCUCAGAGAGAGAAAUUCCCAGUACACUGUGAAACACAGAAGCAGAAGAAUUU